AUGGCAUACUCUCCGGGUCCACCCUCUCCUCCUGCCGCUGGCGGCGGCCUGAAUUCUCGCGCCCGAUCGAUGAGUCCUCCUCCGGGUGCCGGCAAUAUUCCUCUCUCCAAACGGGACAAGCGGCGCACUGCUCUGCAGGAGCGCCUGCAGGACCUCACAGCCUCCUUCAGCCAGAAUCGUGACACGCAGUUCCGUCAGCAGCUCCAUGCCCUCCAGUGCGAUAUGACCCUCAUCAACAAUGCCGAUCCCUAUGCGCCGGGGCCACUGCCCGAUUCUGCCGAGGACAUUGCGCGCUUGGUUGAAUCGACGGUCGGUGGAGGGAAAUUCGGCAAGGAGAUGGCCAGCCUGUCGGGCAUGUGGUAUUCUCGAUUUGUCCAGGAGAUCAACCAGAUCAAGGAGGAUCGGGAUGCAGAAAUCGUCGCGCUCGUGCAUCGACACCGGGAAAACCUCGAGCGCUACAAACACGAAUACGCCUGGCGACAACAUUUUGCCGCAGAGGAGUUCAAGCAACUGGCCAGCACUCUCCGCGAGCGUCUCGUCCAGGCCAUCUCCGGAAAGAAGUCCCGCUUGAUGCGGGAAAAGGAGCAGCUCGAUAUCGCCGACACCAACGCCCUACUCCUGCACCCGAACCAAUUCACCAUCACCAACCCAGCUAGCCCUGGCGGCAUUCACGGGAACCGCAAGACUCGACACACUAGACAUCGCGUGGGGCUGGAUGACCUGGGCAACGGCAUCGGAGAUGCAGGCAACAACAAGAGAAAGAGAAAGGCACCGCACGAGGAUGACGUUGGCUCUCCUAGUCGAGAUGGCCUGUCGACGCCUGCAGAGCGUGCCAAGGCAUCGCUGGCACAGCAGCAACACUCACAGACCUACAGCAUCCAUUCGCUGUUCACCGACAAGGAGCUGGCGGCUCACGCGAACUAUGCCCACAUUGCGACUGCGCAUUUCUUCUCUACCUCCAAACGCAACGACACUUCGGGGACUGCAACGAAUGGAAAUACUACUGAUGCCGAAGAAACAGGCGGCGAAGGAGCAGGCGACGAGCGGGGCACUCCGGGCGGUGCUGAAAUGGCGCGGACUGCGAGCCAGAACUUCCACGCGACCCGGUCGACGCGCAAUCACGGCAACAGUGGUCUCAACCUCCUGGCGGAGCUGUCCGACAAGCCGGCGACCCGUCCCAAUCUGCCGUAUCACAUCCUUGCCAACCACAAUGCGCGCUCGAAUGCCAAUGCGCCGGCGCUGACAUCGCUGAUGAAUGAGGAGAUCGAUGAUGACUGCCUCCGGAUGGAGCGCUUACAGUCGAAGCCACCGAGCUGGAUUGACAGGGGUCUUAUCGAGGCUCUGGUGGAACCAAUGCCGACCGAAAUCGACGGGGUGCCGACCAACCCGGAUCGGUUCAGCAUGCUGCAUCCCGACUUCCCGGUGGACAUGGGGAUCAAAUACUAUCCAACGACGGGGACGGGCAAGAAUGGCGGUUACUCUGUACACGCCCUGCAGAUGAUCAAUCCCCAAUCUGCGAUGCAAAUGGCGUGCUCGCCAUCCAAUCACGUCGCUUCCUGA